CGAUCUUUUCAGCUUUUAACACAAUCCAAGGUUCAUCUCCUCGACUUCCCUCAAGAUGAUCAGCACCAAGUCCCUUCUGGCCCUCGUGCCCUUCGUUGCUGGCGCGUUUGCGCAGUCCAAGCAAGUCAUUAGCCCCGAGCUUCGUCGCGAUCAGAUCUACAACCCGAUCAUGAACUACAUGCCUCCGACCCAAUCUCACUGGGACCAGUGGGGAGCUGGCUGGACGCUGGAGGACUGCUACAACUUUGCCCGCGAGCGUGGCCAGAACCCGGCCGAUUAUGAGGUCUUCAACGUCCACUACACUGACUGCUCCGAGCCUUGGAUCAUGUGCCGCCACCGAUCGGCGAAGGUUGACCAGAUCCGCAUGAUUGACAUGAUUGGCCGCCUGCCUGUUCGUGUCCGCCAGCACAUCAAGCACUUCAUCGUGUCCUACGACAUUGGCCCGUACGCCGGUCUCUACUGGGGCGGCAACAUUGCAAUCGAUGACGAGUCUCUCGACAUGUACGUGCUCAUGCACGAGGCCUCGCACGCUCUCGACUUCUCAGCCCUCCGCCAGUACGGCUCACCCUUCAGCGAGACCGCGAUCUGGAAGGACAACUGGGCGCAGGACUCGCGCAUCCCGACUGGAUAUGCCGCUGGCAACUGGGUUGAGAACUUUGCCGAGUCGGGCCCUAUUGGCCUCUACGACCGCUACGUGCCUGGUGGCAUUGGCAACAUUCAGCCCAACUGGAGCCAGAUCUUCCACCAGUAUGCAACUUACCAGGGCUACCUCGGCGACACCAUCCAGUACGGCGGCACAUGCCCAAGCCGUAUCCCCAACAGCAAGGUCGUCUCGAUGUAUGGCCGGAGCGCAAAGGUCAGCACGGCCGCCAUGGGCGAGAUGCCCGAUGUGAGCUUCAAGAGCGCCAACGUUACCGUCCUCGAGGAGGUUGUCGGCAGCGUUUCCUGCGAUAAGUCUCACUUCCACUGAGUUUGACACAUGGAUCUGGACAUGAGUGCCUCCGACACCAGCCAUCAUUGGGCGCACCUACAAGUUCACCUUUUAUAUCUUCUUCU